CCGCAACUGCCCUCCCUUCUCCUUCCCUCUCGCCCCUUCUCAUCCGAAGGGCGUGCCUAACUCCCCCCUCCGGAGGGGGCUCUACCACUUCUCAAGGUGUUUCCGUGCCCUCGCGUUCACGCAUGUCCGCUUCGCCGCCACCUCCGCAUACCUCCCUUGUCCAGUGUUUGCGACCCGAUGAACGUCAGGCUCCGGGUAUUUUCCCGCGCACAGCGGCGACUAGGCUUGACGCACUGUCUCCCUGUCGCCUCCCUUCCGCGGCUGCUGUUCUUGCUGCUUGCCGCGGCCACGGUCCUGUUGAGCCCCCUGGCAGCCGGUACCAAUGUUCCACCGAGCUCCAGCUCGAGUCCCGACUAUGCGGAGCUCCUGGCCACGCGCAAUGCCCCUCUUCAGUGCGGCUUCGAUCCGCUAGAUGUUAACUCCCCGAUUGACAGCGCGGCGGUUGUCACCUGCGCUAAGCAGCUUACCAGUCCGGCCCACCGCCUGGCCGUCGCCAUUGCCCUGGUUGAGCGCGCGGAUGCCUCGUCUUUCCCCUUUGGCAAGUCCUGGCGCCGGCUGAUGGCCGGAUCCCAGAGCCUUCUGGAGACGGUUGUCGCGGCGCCCGAUGUGCCGAGCGCCACUGGCGCCGAUGCUCGCUUCCUCCUCGCUGAAGGGCACCUCUUCGGCUGGUUCGAGCCACUGAGUGCCGCCAAGGCAGCCGACCUGCUCGAGGAGGCGGCCGCGCUGGCACCUGACCUCCCCGGACCGCCGCUGCUGCUUGGCUUGCUGCAUGGUCUCGGCUGGGGAGCCCCCUCCAAUGGGACAUAUGCCAUGGUGUCCUCGGUGGAGGAGGUCUCGGGCCGGCCAUCGGCCGCCGGCCACCAUCGGUCAUGGGAGUAUCUGAUGCGUGCGGCUGAUGUGGCACCCGACUUCCUGUCUUCCUCGCAGUCGACCGGCAUCGAGGCCGAUCGCGCCGCGGCCCGGCAGACCCUCCAGCAGCUGUCCCACAUGGCGGAGGCCUCUCUGGGCACCACGCCAGCCGGGGCUCGACUGCCGGCCGCCCUGUCUCGGACAUCGGUCGAUGCGCGAAUCCUGGCUCUCUCGGCUCUGGGAGACCGGUGGUGGAUCGGACGCGCCGAUGCCGCCAAGCACACCCCCAUCGCCGCCUCCCCUCCCGGGGAAACCUCUCCCCCCCGGGAGGCGGAGCAUCCCCUCCUCAAUGGUACCGACCCCGGGGAUCAGCCCCGCGAUGAGCCUCUCUCCCCGCGAGCCGAUCACUUCAGCGGCGGCUUCAACUGCCGGAAUGCGGCCAUCUUCUACCGCAAGGCCAUCCUUCUUGCCGAGGCAUCUGGCUACCUCCCGGGCGUGGGCCUGCCUCCCUUCCCAGGCGAGCGCCUGGAUCUUGCGGACCCUGCCGUGAAACACCGUCGCGAGGUGUUCCGCAACUCGAUCGCCCACAUUGAGCCGGACGAUUUCGACCCCCCAGGUGCGGUGGACCUGCUUCUGGGCGACCUUGCCCGGUGGGGACUGCAUGGGAAUCGCCGUGAUCCAGCCGACGCCGCGCGUGGCUUCUAUCAGGAAGCUCGCCAAGUCGGUCAUCCAGGGUCGCUUGGCCGACUGGCCGAGCUGGAUUUGCAUGAUCUGCUGAACGUCUCGCCCUGGGCACCCAUCUUCCCGGAUCCGGUGGACCAGAAGCACCCCGCCAGCGGUAUGACGACUCCUCUCGGACAGCCAUCCACCCGCGCCAAUGACCCGAUGGUCCAGCCCCUGGCCGGCUACCAGGCCGAUCACUCGCCGGGAGCCGGGCAGCAGCAACUUGGCGACGCGGGGCCCGGCGGCCGGGCAUCGCGCCCACUACGCACCUCCCUGGUGGAAACCUUCUCCGAGCGCCAGUCGCGCAUUCUGCGUGGGCUGUCGUAUGCCUCCUUUGGAGUGCGCUCUCGUGACUCGGUGUCCGCGCUGAUCCUGGCGUCGUUGGCGUCGCAGGCGGCUCGGGUGGCGGCCGAGCAGCAGUCGCCGCACUCGCCCGGCCAGUCGCUGUCCCUGCGUGACCAAUUCCUGCAACUGGCCGGAGCCAAGAUCCUCUCGAUGGACCUCCGGCCAUGGGGAGCUCGCGUCGGCGGCACCAACGGCAGCCAUGGCCACUCGAUGGCCGACGACUUGCAGCAUGUGGCCCGGUCACUCUACUGUGGUGUGGCUGGUGUGCCUCUCAACUUCACUCCCUCUUCGCGGCUCAACGCCGGUCCGGUGCUGCCGGAUGACGGAGCUCAGGCCGACGGGUCGCUCUUCUCCUUCCUCGAUGUACUGGGGACAUUCUUCGGCGAUGAGCCGCUCGAAGCCGACCGCAUGUCGGGCUCCCCUCCCCCGGUGCCACCCGGCCAUAGCUCCGCCGAUGGGCCAGCUGCCGACCUCUGGGAAGAGUGGGAGUGGGCCGACAUCGCCAGCCCCGAGGCCCUGGCGCGUUGUGGCUACUUCUACAUCAAUGGCAUUUCUGUUGCCCGAGAUCUGCCACGCGGAUUGCGAAUGCUCCGGCGCGCGGCCGCCCCCUCCCUGGAUGCCGAGCUGCUGAUUGAGGAUCGUCUCGACAUGGCACCCGACAUGACCGGGGCUCGGGCCAGCGGUCCGGGGUUGCGCGAGCCCUUCACCUCGGCCAAGAUCGGGUUUGGCCGGGUGUCAUUGCCGGUGAUGGCGCACUCGCAUCAGCAAGCCGUGCACGCGUCCCAGAUGGGGACCGACGGGGCGGAGGCUCUGCUGGCUGAGCAUGGCCUGACUGCCUCCCUGUCGAACAUCCGCCCGGGAAAUGUCUUCGCCACAGCCGAGCUGGCGCAUCUCAUCCUCGAUGGCCAGCUGGAUAGCCUCCUUUUGAGGGAACAUCGUUCGGACAGUUCGGAGACCGCCUGUCCGGCGGCCGUCAAUCUGUAUCGGCUUGCCAUCAAUCAGAUUCUCAAGCACCUGGACACAACGCGCCCCUGGCCGGAGCGCGUGCAUGAGGGCAUCGCCCGAGGGUUCUUCGGGCCGGCGCACCGCAUGCUGGCCGCCCUGUCGGAGGUCGGGGCCAGCCAGUCGGGCGCGGCACACGGCGCCGCGCAUACCCUGGCUGCGCUGCGGUCUCAAGUCUCCAUGGCCACCGAGCCCGGGUCCAAGACGGCUCCCCUGUUGCCGGCAUCGCCGCUGGUCAUCCCUCCGCUGGCCUUGUCCACCCCGGCCGCUGUGUAUGGCCAUGCACAUCUGGCUGACUACUUCACUCGGGUGGCAUGUGCCCGGGCCGGGGUGUCGGUGUUGGCAUGCCCGUCGUCGCUGCUGCGAUUGGGCCUCGGGCCGGCGGUUCGGGAGCGCGACCGUUUGCAGCAAGCCGCCGGCGGGGCCAAUCCCCUGGCCGGUCCCCAUGAUCUGGGGGUUUUCUCGGCAGCCGACGAUCGAGCCACCGCGGCCGAGUUGGCCUUCUGGCGCCGGGCCGCGCAUGCUGGCUGCCCGAUCGCGCGGAACACCCUGGCCGAGAGCCUGGUGGCGGCGGCCGAUGCGCUGGCCCCGGCGCUGGCAGCCGCCCGCCAAGCAGACCUGACCUCGGGCGGCCCAGCCUCUGCCCACACCGAGGCCACGCAUUUGGCCAUCGCGCGCCGGAGCCUAUGUGGCGCGAGCUUGGCCUCCCUCUUUGGAGCGGCCGGUAUUGACCGGUACUCGCCGCUGGUCUUCAACCAUCCGGCCAUUGGGAUGGGCAUUGGCGGUCGGUCGGGGGGCGCCUUGUUCGAUUCCGCCGGGGGUGCUGGCUCGGCCCAAUCCGGCGGCAUGCAGCUGGCCCUGUCGGCACGCGAGCUUGAUGUGUUGGACUUUUGGCCGGCCCUGCCGUACAAUGUGGCCGGGGAUUACAUCACCCCGGACCUGCUGGUGGGCAGUGGCAUUCAGAACCACACUCGCACGCAUUGGCUCGAGGGGGGGUUCUUCGAUGGGCUGCCCGCGCGGGAGCCCGAUCCCCCCAUCGGCGAUGGGGUCUCGCUGUUGCAGGGUGUCGACCAGCUGGCAGCUGGAGGGACCGGGCGCGGUGGCCCGUAUGGCGGCUUCGCUCGCCCCAGCGGCGAGGCUCUCUUCACCCUGGCUCGGAUGCAUGCCACUGGCUGGUGCCGGGACAUUGUCCCGGUGGCGGAGGGCACGCCGGUGGGACCGGUGCUCCCGAACACCGGUCCCAGCGGGCCCGAGGCCCCGGCCCCGCGAGUGCCACUGCCGAUGCGCCUGGCACGCUGGCUGCCAUGGCCGAUGUCCGACCUGGUGGAACAUCUUCUUGGAUACCUCCUACGGGUGGUUGGACUGUGGCAGGGGUCGCCGACGCGGUCCCCGGACCGUGGCCCGGCCGCUGCCGGUCCCUACAAUCCGGAUAUCGUGCAGCCGGACCUAGCCACGGCGUCCAUCUUGCUGUCGCUGUCACGUCGCGCCGAGCCCGAUUCCCACUUGGCCAUUCUCCUGGCUCGGGUGUGGCUCUUCCUGCUGCGCACCUUGGCACAUGUGGGUCUGAUUGCGGAGCCCGCGGCCACGGGCGCCGGGGCCGGGCUCGGGACCAUGCUCACCUGGAGUUGGUGGCCCAAUCCACUGGCCCUGGCCACCGGGACGGUCCCCCUGCACCAGCGCAUUGCCCUGCACAGCUCCCCUGCAGCGGUACUUCUCCAGCGAUCCCGGCAGUUGCUGGUUUGGCUCUUUGGCAUUGAUUUGCCGGACCCGGAACUGCCGGAGGGCUUCCGUCCGCAUGACCUCACCCUGAGCGGAUUGCUCAGUAUCCGCGCCCUGGCUCCAUGGAGCCUGCCGCGCACCGGCUGGCGCCUUCUUCGCUGGCUGGUGGCCCCGGGGCUGGUGGAUGAGCAGGCCGCCGCCGGGGCCGAGAAGUUCCUGGCUUCCUUGGUCGCCGGGCGCCGGUGGACCCUCUUCACCCCAAGCAGCAGCAGCAGCAGCAGCAGCAGCAGCAGCAGCAGCAGCAGCAGCCAUGGUCCGGUGGCUGGCGGGAAGAUCCCGGCCAUCGACCCGGCUUCUGCCGCUGCCACCUCCGCGUGGACCUUCCAGCGCGUGGUGGCCCUGCUGUCCGAUGAUGCCUUCAUCAUUUCCCUCGGUCUGCUGGUGGUGGGAUUGCUCUUCCUGCGGGAGUACCUCCGUCGGGACCUGCUGCAUGGCCGACCCGAGGGGGGGUCCCCUGCCUCGGGGGACUCUCUCGCCGAGCGGCCGGCAGCCGGACCGGCCGCCGAUGCCGCGCCUCGCCCCGACACGCGCGCCUUCCAAACCGACCGGUCUGGUGUUGUUUGGACCACCGACGCCGACUGGGGUGAUGGAGAUGGCGAUGAUGCAUUGUAGGUGUGCCGCGUCUUCUUCUCCUGCUUCCCUCCAGCGUCCUCAUCAUGGAGCCUCUUUUCCACACACACACACACACACACA